AUGGCUCCUGGAGUUAGCCGUGGCUGUAAGCUGUUUACUACUAGCUGCUGGUAUGUGGAGUAUGGCGGUGUGGAUUACACCAGGAGAGGAACAAAUACCACACUGUUAUAUGAUUUUAAGGUGAUCCAGCCGGAGUUUCAGCAUGUGAACCCAGACCAAACCUCCUCAAUCAGCUGUGAACAUGACUCUUAUGAGUCUAAGCUUCAUGAUGUUCGACUGUACAGAAUUUCACAGAAUGAAGAAGAGCUGCUGUGUCAGAAGGGACAGGCUUCCUGUAAAGAUGUCACCCUGUGUCUGAGUUCCACCAAGUUUGUUUUCACUUUACGAAACAUUAGACCAGAAACAAUAAGAGCCACCUAUCAGUGUGAGAUAACAGUGGAGUAUGGCGGUGUGGAUUACACCAGGAGAGGAACAAAUACCACACUGUUAUAUGAUUUUAAGGUGAUCCAGCCGGAGUUUCAGCAUGUGAACCCAGACCAAACCUCCUCAAUCAGCUGUGAACAUGACUCUUAUGAGUCUAAGCUUCAUGAUGUUCGACUGUACAGAAUUUCACAGAAUGAAGAAGAGCUGCUGUGUCAGAAGGGACAGGCUUCCUGUAAAGAUGUCACCCUGAGUCUGAGUUCCACCAAGUUUGUUUUCACUUUACGAAACAUUAGACCAGAAACAAUAAGAGCCACCUAUCAGUGUGAGAUAACAGUGGAGUAUGGCGGUGUGGAUUACACCAGGAGAGGAACAAAUACCACACUGUUAUAUGGUGAAAAGGACUGCCCUCCUCUUGAUAAAUCUGUGCUGGGAUGGAUUCUGAUUGGUCUGCUGGCCCUGAUGUUCCUGUACAGCUGUGUUAUCACCUGCCUCUACGUCAGACUGACAGCCACCGUCUGGAAAAACACCAAAGCUUGUGAGAACUCCACCUAUGUGGUAAUGAAUCCUCCAACCCAGAAGAGGCAGCAUGAAGACAUUUACCAAAUGAUGCAGUCUUAGAAUAAACCCUGCACUUGAACAGGCAGUGAUAGACCGUCUUUACCCUCUUUAAUAGUGUUCUACCGAACGGAACCAGCAGGGGGAGACAAAGACUGCCUGAAGAGCUUGUUCACAUUCACACCAGAAGAAGCUACCUGGUCACUACUUGGCAAUAAAUAUCAUGUAAAUAUAGUUUAGAGAAGCUUUCAGAGAGUUUUAUGUUUGGAUGGAAAAUCUGACGUGAAGCUGUUCAAGUCAGAACAGCGUCAAUAUGAACCAGUUUUUAUUAUUAUUUUUUCCUUCUUUGUUGCUGGUUUAAGAAAUUGCAGAUUCAGUUUACCCACACCCAUUAUGAUCUUUAAAAUCACUGGUAGCUACUAAAGCUAUUUUAUGUCUCCUUUUUGUUUUUUUACUCAUUUGUGUUGGUCUCUAAAUUCCCCUCCAGGCAGUUUAAUGGAGCUUCAGCUGCUGCUGUAAAUAUCAGGCUUCAGGUUUUACAGAGUUUAAAUGAUUUAAAACUUUUUCGUGAAACUCUGAACGAAUUUAAUGGAUGCAAAUAUUAAACACAAAUUCAAAAAAUUAUGAAAAUAAAUCCCUAAAAUCUUGUCGCUGUGUUUCUCUACCUCUAGUGGAUAGAGACAAAAACUGCAUUCAUGAAGAUGUAUUAGAUUGCUUUGUCUUUUAUUUUAUUUUUAAAUUUUUAUCGAAACAGAUAUUAUUAGUAAAUGUUUUAUGUUUUUAUUGUUAAGUUGUAUCCUUGUUGUGAUCUAUCUUUAUCUUUCUCAAUAAGAAACAUUAAUAAUUCUCAGCAGUUUAUACUGAUGUUUUCCUAAUUGGAAUUCCAUGUUUUGAUGUAAUGAACAUAAUAGUCACAGAUGAUACUCCAAAA